UUCUUCUACUGUAGAGAGAGGGAGAGGGAGGAAUGGAUGCGGCGGCGGAGGAGAUCCGCUCAGACUUGGCGCAGUUCACCGCCAUGACCGUGGCGGAUUACGUGAAGCAUGCAUUAGAGAGCGGAGAAGGGAUGGCGGUGAAUCUGGAGGAGUCGUUGAGGAUCCUGGAGCAGGAGAGGCGGAAGAUGGAGGGCAUCGAGCAGGAGCUGCCUCAGUGCAUGAAUCUGCUCGCAGAUGUGAUGGUGGGGUUAGAGAAGGAGCUCGAGCCAUGGAAGGGCGAGAGAUUCGCACGCGAGUUCGGGAGUUCCAUCCCCGUUAAAAGAAGAUUCGAAGAGGCGGAAACGAGGGUUAAUCUGGAAAGGGGCGGCGUCGAGAUGAAGAAAUGGAUGAGAUCUGCUCAACUCUGGGUCGACAAUCCCGGAAGCAGCAAUCAGUGGAGCGGUGAAAAUGCGAGGAUUGUUAUUAACAAGGGCGGCGGAGAGCUCAAUCUUCCGAUGAAGCAGAGUAUCUUCCAAUGCGGCGGCGGCGGCGACGGCGCGUUGGCGGUGUCGAACGAUCACCGCAGCUCACAUGUACAGCAUCAGAAACCGCGAAAGGCGCGGCUGUGCUGGUCGCCGGAGCUACAUCGGCGGUUCCUUUCCGCCCUCCACCAGCUCGGUGGCGCCCAAGCGGCAACUCCUAACCAAAUCAGAGAAGCGAUGAAGGCGGACGGUCUCUCCAACGUCGAAAUUAAAAGUCAUUUGCAGCAAUAUCGGCUGCAAACAAAGAGAAGACCUACUGGCUCAGUUUCAGAGAAGGAACCUUCAGCGAUAACAGGAGUUGAAUCGGUUGCUGGAGAGCAGCUCAGUGGUCCUUCACAUCCAAUACUUUCUCUAUCCAGCUCUCCGUCGUCCUCUUCCAUGUAACCGAGAGUAAAGCUGAAAUUUGAAAUUUGUUUAGGUGUUUUGUGCGAGUCGUGGAUUUUUUUUUUUUUUAUGGAAUAAA